AUGGAUGGUUUUGAAUUCUCUCUUGGGCAAGCCCGGAGUCAUAUUGAAAAACUUCAGAAGGAAAAGGUCGCGAUGCAAGAAACAAUAGAAUACAUGCAAUCUCAGUCAAUGAGGAAUAACCUGAUAUUUUCUGGUGUCGAAGAAUCUGAUUCGGAAGAAAAACCGGAAGUAACUGAAGGUAAAUUACGCGCAGUACUUGUUGAUAAAAUGAAGUUAGCAAGGGACUACGUGGCUUCUCUGAAACUCGAAAGGGUGCAUCGUAUAGGCGAUAUGUCAGCGUCCAAUCCAGGAAGGAGAACUCCAAAAUACAGACACAUUGUUGUUAAAUUUACGUUCUUUAAAGACAGAGAAAUUGUCCGUCGCGCGAGCUCAUCGUUGAGAGGUACCGGAAUAUUUAUUAACGAGCAGUUUCCCAAAGAGGUUGCAGAGCGCCGGAGGGCACUAAUGCCCCUGUUGAGGAAGGCACGUGAGGAGAAGAAAAAGGCUUGGAUCAGUUAUGAUACCCUUUAUAUAGAUGGUGUCAAGGUGAAAGUACCAGAAAGCGCCAACGUAGCAAAUAGCGCGAGCAGCUCGAGCGAGACGAUGUCGGCAUAA